AUGGUUGCCCUCAAGUUUGCUGCUGUUCUGAGCGUGUGGGUUACGAGCGCCUCGGACUACUGCCUAAUCCUUCCUCGUCACCGCGAGAGCAUUGGCGACAGCGAGUCGCCGGGUCGUAUGCGCUCUUUCUGUUCUAAGCCGUAUGACUCGUCGCAGGGUCAGAUUAACCCUGGCUUCUGGAAGGAAGUGCACUUCAAGAAGACCAAGAACUAUGUUCAGCUUACUGGCUGCAUCAACCCGCGUGUCCAGAGUACCCUUCUGUCCCACGAUGAUGGUGGUCAGUACGACUCCAAUGGCAACGGUGGUGUUGGUAACCCUGAGGGUUCUGUCUGCCUUGGCUACUCCUCGUACGUGGAACUCGUGGAGCCCUCAGACGGCAAGGCCUGCAUCCGCUGCUGUGUUAACGACAAGUACUGCGAUGUUGGUCACGAUGAGGACGGCUGUGAGGCCGUCAUCCCUGGCCAAUACUGCUAA